AGGCUUGCGAUUUGAUUUUUUUUGUUUGUUUUGCUUUUUCCGCUCUCUCUCUCUGUCACCAUGCGUUUGUUAACUAAGAACGUGUUCACGACACCAUUCAUAUUUGCAAUCCUGUGUCAUUUCAUCGGCGGCAAUCCCUCUUAUGCUGGGGUGUGUUGGCUACAGCAAGGAAAAAGUGGCAAAUGCCAGGCUUUAUCCAUGACCCGGAUUGAUCGAGAGGAGUGCUGCAGUAGCGGAAGUGCUCAAGCUGCAUGGACAAGUCAGGAUAUACCAGAGAGUGACAUUUUAAAACUUAUAAUUCUUGGCGGAAUCAAUUGCUACCCAUGCCACAAAACUUGUGAGGGUGUGGACUGUGGACCUGGGAAGAUUUGCAAAAUGAAUAAGCAAAAUAAACCAAUGUGCAUCUGUGCGCCUGACUGUUCAAAUGUCACAAAGAAGGUACCUGUGUGUGGAACUGAUGGUAAAGUCUACAAAGAUGAAUGUGGUCUCCUUUUGGCAAAGUGCAGAGGACUGCCAGAGUUAGAAGUACAGUAUCAAGGAGAAUGCAAAAAGUCUUGCACACAGGUUUUAUGCCCUGGUACCUCCAUGUGUGUAAUAGACCAAACUCACAGCGCACACUGCGUGAUGUGUAGAGUGAUGCCAUGUCCAGAACCGUUGUCAUCUGAGCAAGCACUUUGUGGGAACAAUGGUAUUACCUAUCAUAGUGUGUGCCACUUGAGACGUGCUACGUGUUUAUUGGGAAAAUCCAUUGGUGUUGCCCACUAUGGUAGAUGCAACUCUUCAGAAGAAGGUGCCAAACAAAAAGGAGACAAUCAAGAUAAUACAGUGUUUUCGAAACUUCUCCUCGGAUGGUAGUUUAUAAUGAAUAAUGAAGUUAUAAGCAGAGAAGAACAAGACAUUGGGGCAAAAAUUCCUCUGGGCAUUAUAGUGCCUUUGCCAUGUGAGCGCUAAUGCAGUCAUUUGAUGCUUUAGUGCUAACAAAACAUCCAUUCACUUCUUCCUCUUACUCAUGUCUGAUUUGUUGUCAUGUGUUAAUGCACAGAUCUGGGGCUCAAAAUCUUUCACUUCCAAGGGCUCAUUAAGGCAUAAUUAAAGGGGCUUGUUUCAGGUUGGACAUCAUGUGCACAACCUUUUAAUUAUACCCAGUAAAAGCUGGUGUUAAAACAGCAGAGUGCCAGUAGACUUUCAGCAGGGUACAGAACAGGAGAUAUCAUAAAGAACUAGUGAAGGAGGAGUGUUUCUGUGCACAAUGCAGCAUCCAGUGUGACAUUGAUAGGCAUGUUGGAGGACGAUCAGGAGAGAAUGCCCUUGGAGGUUAGAGGGCAUGGGGUGCAGGGCACCACAACUUUGUAUUGCAGUGUCAGUACUGCAAACAAGCCAGUUACCUGCACCUGUUGAAGAUUACUAGUGGUUAAGUUCAAUAGAUACACUAUAUAGCCUGUGUCAUCUCAUAGAAUUAGGCCUCCAAUCACGGAACAAGAUCCACAAUUCAAUACCAGUGAAAGUUACACAGCCCUAAUCGUCUAUAUUACAAAAUUCUUUCAGUUACCCACUAGAUUAGCCAGUUUUGCAGUUCACCAGUGAAUUAAAGAGGUCCAAGGUAGCCUGUUUCACCAUGUAAAUGCACUCAGCAGGAUGCAGCAUCAGCAGCUAACCUAUUCUUAACAAACAUGGAGCAUCUCCUACCACAAGGUUCCAUUGGCUAUGCUCAUAUCUCCAUUUGUGCCCCUGUAUCAAAUAAUAUUGGGCUAAUGAGCAGAAAGGGGUAAAAAUGUGAUCACAGGCAAUCAAUCUAGGGAGUACUCGUGAUGCCUUCGUUUUAAGGCAGCCUUGUCCAAGUUUUGGCUGUGAUUCUUAAAAUAUUUUCGUUUAAAUAUGUUACAUUGCAGACGUAAAAAUGAUGGUGUGCCAUUUUGCUACGAUUUUGUAUUUCAUGUGCACUGUGACCUCUGCUACCUCUGUGAAAGUGACCCAAAGACUCCUACAUUUGUUCCAGCAAUGUCCUGCUAUAUGUUUUCAGGGAUUUCCACCACUGGUCUAUGGGCACAUGAUGCUAAACGACCAACAACAACAUGAAAAUCAUCCAUCUAAACCUGUGCUACUGGGUAUGUGUCACUGUUUGGGGACCAAGUCCUGACGGUAUCCAUAGCUCUGUGUGAGAAUACACCAUUGAAUUGUGCAAGAUCUCAGAAUCCCUUCAAUAUGGUUGUGCUGAUUGUGGCUGUAAGUGUAUUGAAGGCAACCUUGUGGACACACCUCUCAACAACAGCAUUCAUGUGGGGUGAUCUUAAAGUGCUUGGCGGUUUCCCAGCAGAUGCCAUUAAUGUUGCUUGCUGUUGAUGGCACUCUUUACAUUUCACAGUGUAGACUUACCAUUUAUACCCUGACCAGCUUCCAUGGUGUUUUGCAAAGAGGCAAGAGUCAAGGAUACACAUCCCUACUCAUGCAGUAUCCUUUAUUUCAUAGCUAGCUCCAUGAGAUCAGAAUCCCAAAGCAACACUGUAGUACCAUUUGUCCUGUUGGAUCUCCACCCAGUAACAAACAACCUUGUUUUUGGAGCCAUCAACAUACAUUCAUGAUUAACCCUGCCCCAUGCUGAAGUUCACUGUUCCUAGUUUUGUUGGUGAUGGAGAGUUCAAUAGGGAAGUUUGUAGAGGUUUGUCCUCCAGGGAUUGGUAUUUCUGUGUAAAGUGGUGACAUAAGGGUAAAUGCACAAGUCCUGAACACCCUAUGGGAUACCACACUUCAAAGGAAUGUGCUUCACAGAAUUAAUUUUUCUGCUUUAUCUCAAACCCUAUAUUCUUGCAUAGCACCCAAUUGGGCAAUGUUAGUAGGUGCUAUGUUUCACAGUGGAACUUCUAUUGUUUUUAACAGCUAAGUGUCAAACUUAUUGCUGGAGUUUAAGUAAUCAAACAUAAUUGUAUAAACUGAAAUUGCUUCCUUUAGUUUGUACAUUGUUCAGAUCAUCAGUGGUUUUCCAGCCUGCAAUCCCCAUGAUGGUUUCCUUAAAGUGGAGUAACCAAUCUGCAGGCCUGGUACUCAUUCACCUGUUUUCUUUUGCAAGGAGAAUCACGGUAUUUAUUGAAUGCUAGGUCCUUGUGUAAUCAAAUGGUGCACUACACCACAGUCUGGAUACUGCACAUAGCAUUAUACAGGUUGUUACCUAGAUGGCAUAGCUAACUGUAUUUGCGCUGUCAGUUCUUGGUGUAUAUAGUGGUAUCAGUCAUUCUCAUUUGUGGCACAGCAGAUGGUGCUCUUGCCUCUGAGGGUUCCAGUCCCGCUCCAGAAACUUGAGCGCAUUGUCCAAGCUGACACUCUAGUGCUGUGCUUGAGGAUUGCUGCGCUGUUGGAGUUGCCAUCUUUCAGAUAAGAUGUUAAACUAAUGUCUGCCCUCUCAGGUGGACCUAAAAGAUCCUAUGGAAGAAGAACGGGGGAGUUCUCGCAAAUAUCUUCCCCAUAAUCCUUGAUUUAUCCCUCAACCAGAAUCACAGAAACAAAUUCUAGUCCUUAUCAUUUUUAUUCUGAGGUGCAAUUUCAAACAUUUCUUUCAUAUUGCCUGUUGUAAUACUAGUGGUUGUUGGUUUUAUUAGCUUUCUAAUUUCAUGGCAUUAAUUGAUAAAUGUAGGUUUGCAGUACUCUUUGCAAAACUAAUUUAGCAUACAGUUGCAAAGUCAUUUCAUAUCCAUUGAGCCUGAAUUGGGUAAUUCACAUUAAGAGUUGUUUGCAUAUCUUGCAUUUAUCCUUCCAUGUGCAGUGGGCCGGGGGUUGAUAGACCCUGUGGGCCAGAACUUCACUACCAAGGCAGACGACUCAGCUGAUCCACCUUGGUUUAAAGGGCCCAGUUACAUGCAAUUUUUUCACUGGGGAGGCAAGGAUGGGAUAGAGUUGAGCCCACCAACCCAGAAGCAGAUCGUAGUUAUCUACGGGGGUGGACGAGUGCCGAGGCAGGCUGUUUAGAAGGCCCACUUUGGUUCUCUGGGAAUUCAUCCCAGUUGUUUUAGAAGCAGUUAGGCUCUCCAGCCCUCAUCCCUCAAACCCCCCCACUCACGCUCCCCAUGCCCACUCCAUGUCAACUCAUGCCCCCAUGCCAACUCAUAUCCCUAUGCACCCGCCUAACUCAUGCUCCCACCCACCCUCCAUGCCACAGCUUGCUCCCAUGCCACCUCCAUAGCCACUCAGCCCAUAUCCAGAGACUUCAGCCAUGUGGUGGAUGAAUAAAAAUUAAACUUCUAAGAAUCUAAUAGAACCCUCACCCACUCACACUUGAUGUGGGGAAAAAACUCUCAUUCACAAAACCCAUUCAAAGAUUUUAAAGCCCCUCAAGUUUUCAAUCUGUUAUAAAAACAAACUUCUAUUCAUUAACCACAUCAAGUCAUCUAAUCCUUUAAUAGCUUCUUUUAAACUAUUAAUCAAUAUGUGAACUCAGUGCCUCCAUCCAUCUCCUCUCUCCUGCCCAACACUCCCCGCCACCCCCCAAACCCCCCGCCGCUGCAACUGUCCCCUGGUUGAGAUAAACAAGCAUUUUUAAUGACCUCAGCUGUAAUAAUAGCUCUUGGGAAGUAUCAACAAUUAUUGAAACUGCAGGAGCAGAUGGUAUUUUUUUUUCUAAUCUACACCAGAUAGUCUGUCAAUCAAAGCUUUUUUUAAUUAACUGACAGCUUCAAUCUUUUUUUAUUUUUAAAGAUCUGGUGAUUUUAAUAACUUCAGGCCAUGACACUUAAAUAGACCCUACCCACCCUUAAAGUGUUUACAUCUCCUUAAAUUUGUGACUCUCACACUGUGGAUUAAGGCACUUGGAACAGGGAAAAUGAGAUAUGUUUGAACUCGGCACUAAUUUCGCAUGGCCCUGCUGACUUUGGGUAUUCCACCUAUGUGAUUCAUGCCCCACCCCCUUACCCCUAUCGGCAAAAAUGGGAUCCAUUGAAAAGGGGGGUGGAACGUCCACAUCUGGGCCCUGUAUGCGAUUUCUAAUUGUCUAUGGAGUCGGCUUGAUUCUGUGAAAGUCUAGUCCUGUCUGGUUGCCUUCCAUGCUUGCUCUGCACUGUUUAUUUGUAAGUUAUUGUUAUGGCCAGGAGAUGGUGCUUUGCUGUACCCUCUAACAAUCUAUAAUAAUCUCCAGGGCGUCUUAAGUAAACAGGACUUCAAGACCUCAUCUUCUCUGGAUGAAUGCUGCAAAUCGUAUACUGCACAGUUGGAUUGCCACUGUGUGCUAUUUAAGCCCCUUAAGUGCCUAUUUAGAUGAUUCACAAAUGCCUCAGCAUCAUUAUUGCAAAUUUCCUCUGAUGGGCUUUUCCAUUGUGCAUUAACAGUAAUCCAUUCUUCCAUAACCCUGACUGACUAAGAUUGUGUUCUCCUAUGAAUCCAUGGUAACAAAUAGAGGACUUAACUCUUACUUAACACAUUCUCAGUAUACUAAGAGGAAUUUCAACCCUGUUGUGUUUAUAUUGUACAUACUCAUACCAUAUAUUUAUUGUAAGAAAAACAAUGAAGAAGAUACUCCAUUUUAUUUAUACCUUAUUAUUGUUUGUCAUAUCCAUCUGAUGUAAUUAUAAUUAUUUUUCACAAAGUUUGCUACUUUUCAGACAUACUUCCAACUGUAAAAAUAGAUGUAUUUCGUAUUUUAUCACAACAUUCUUCAAUCCUACAACUAGCUACAUCUGGAAUAUAUUAUCAAUCAUGUAAGGUGAAAGAUGUAUAUACUAAUAAACACUUGGGAAUUGAAAUUGCAUUGUGUGGUAUUAGCAACGAAUGGUUGAUAUGAAAAUUGUCUCAUAAACUGAGCAAUGUGAUCAUUAAAAUAGCAAGCAUAAGGCUUUCACAUAAAUGACUUUGUUGCUCAUAACGCACAGUGCAUUAUUAAUCCACUUAAAGUAGCCAUUUCCAAAUCAACUUAAGUAUUUGCUGUUACAAUGAAUUUUAUAUUUUAACAUGCUUAUUUUAUCUUUGUUUUAUAAAAGAUCAGAUUUUGGUUUGUGAGAAUUGCUGUUUAAAAUUUAUUGCUACAGGGCAAACAUUGGAAUGAAAUCAUGCUGUGUGAUCACAAAAUUCCUUUGAUCACUAAUUUGUUAAGUAUUAUUAGUCUGUUCAAAAUGACAUCUUAAUGCUUCCACUAAAAUAUUGGAAAGAGAUUUUUCUGCAAAAAUGUAAAUGCACUAAUAUCAUAAUGGGAGAAUUGCCCUCACAUCAUCAAAAUGAAAGUCCAAGUACAUAAAUUAUUUCAUAAAAUGAAGCAUAGCUUUUUAAUGAAGAUUCUCACAAUUGUAGAUGUAACUUUACAUCUAUUAGGAUGUAAAGCUUGUCACAAGGAAGAGUAUAAUCUAGGUUUUCAAUUGUACCUUCUUACCCCUUUUUUGGACUUUGAAUUCUGACCAAUGAGUAUUUAUGCUUAACAAUAUUUUUUCAAAGAAAUUAAUAAUGGAUAUUGUAGGUCAUAAUGAAUGCAAAGUAUUAUCAUAUGGAAUAGAUCUCUGUUUAUGAAACUAUCUGAGGAGAAUGGAUGCUUCCUACCAUGUAUUAUUUUUGAUCAUCACAAAUAAAUACAUU